UACUUCUUUAGGAUAGAUACCCAGCAGAGGGAUUGCUGGAUCAUAAGGAAUUUUUACUCCCAGUUCUUUGAGCUAAAGAAGUAAACAGGUCAUGGCACGUUUAACAAAAAGACGGCAGGCGGAUACAAAAGCUAUCCAGCAUCUCUGGGCUGCUAUUGAGAUUAUACGGAACCAGAAGCAAAUUGCCAACAUUGACCGUAUUACAAAGUAUAUGUCUCGAGUCCACGGUAUGCAUCCAAAAGAGACCACCCGUCAGCUGAGCUUAGCUGUGAAAGAUGGUCUUAUUGUUGAAACUCUAACAGUGGGCUGCAAAGGUUCAAAAGCUGGUAUUGAGCAAGAAGGAUAUUGGUUACCAGGAGAUGAGAUUGCCUACAGUAUGCAGCCUUUCUCCAGGACAGCAACCCCAAACAAGGACUGGGAAACAGAAAAUCAUGACUGGUAUUGUUUUGAAUGCCAUUUGCCUGGAGAGGUGUUGAUAUGUGACCUGUGUUUUCGUGUGUAUCAUUCCAAGUGUUUGUCUGAUGAGUUCAGGCUUAGAGACAGCAGUAGUCACUGGCAGUGCCCAGUUUGCAGGAGCAUUAAGAAAAAAAAUACAAACAAACAGGAGAUGAGCACAUACCUGAGAUUCAUUGUCUCCCGCAUGAAGGAGCGGGCUAUCGAUCUCAAUAAAAAGGGGAAAGAUAAUAAGCAUCCGAUGUACAGGAGGCUGGUACAUUCUGCUGUGGAUGUUCCCACCAUACAAGAGAAAGUAAACGAAGGGAAAUACCGAAGCUACGAAGAGUUCAAAGCUGAUGCUCAACUAUUACUCCACAAUACAGUGGUUUUCUAUGGAGCAGACAGUGAGCAGGCUGACAUAGCCAGGAUGCUGUAUAAAGACACAUGUCAUGAGCUGGAUGAACUACAGCUUUGCAAGAACUGCUUUUAUUUGUCAAAUGCUCGUCCUGACAAUUGGUUCUGCUACCCUUGUAUACCUAAUCAUGAGCUGGUUUGGGCUAAAAUGAAAGGUUUCGGGUUUUGGCCAGCCAAAGUCAUGCAGAAAGAAGACAAUCAGGUUGACGUUCGCUUCUUUGGUCACCACCACCAGAGGGCCUGGAUUCCUUCUGAAAACAUACAAGACAUCACAGUCAAUAUCCAUCGGUUGCACGUUAAGCGCAGCAUGGGUUGGAAGAAGGCGUGUGAUGAGCUGGAACUGCAUCAGCGCUUCCUGCGGGAAGGCAGAUUUUGGAAGUCUAAGAACGAGGACCGCGGCGAAGAGGAGGCCGAGUCCAGUAUCUCUUCGACUAGUAAUGAGCAGCUGAAGGUCACUCAAGAACCAAGAGCAAAGAAAGGACGACGCAAUCAAAGUGUGGAACCCAAAAAAGAAGAACCAGAGCCUGAAACUGAAGCAGUAAGUUCUAGCCAGGAAAUUCCCACAAUGCCUCAGCCAAUCGAAAAAGUUUCAGUUUCAACUCAGACCAAGAAGUUAAGUGCCUCUUCUCCAAGAAUGCUGCAUCGAAGCACUCAGACCACGAAUGAUGGAGUGUGUCAAAGCAUGUGCCAUGACAAGUACACCAAAAUUUUCAAUGACUUUAAAGACCGAAUGAAAUCUGAUCACAAGCGAGAAACAGAGAGAGUCGUGCGAGAAGCUCUGGAGAAGUUGCGUUCUGAAAUGGAAGAAGAAAAGAGACAAGCUGUAAAUAAAGCUGUAGCCAAUAUGCAGGGUGAGAUGGACAGAAAAUGUAAGCAAGUAAAAGAAAAGUGUAAAGAAGAAUUUGUAGAAGAAAUUAAGAAGCUAGCAACACAGCACAAACAACUAAUUUCUCAGACCAAGAAAAAACAGUGGUGCUACAACUGUGAAGAGGAAGCCAUGUACCACUGCUGCUGGAACACGUCCUACUGCUCCAUCAAGUGUCAGCAGGAGCACUGGCACGCCGAACACAAACGCACCUGUCGCCGGAAAAGAUGAAAGCUGUCUUCUUCCUGGAGAACCACCCGAUGAUCACUAUUCUCAGACACAGCGGUUUUUGUUUCCAAGAAGCCAAAAUUGUUUAGAAUUUGCUUCCCAUUUUGCACCAGCCUUUCAACACUUUUCGGAUGAGAUUUUGCACAGUAGUUUAAAGCUUUUGUUAACGCUCCUCUGGAGUUUUUCUGGAGGUCAAAGUAACAUCAGCGGAGGGUAUUAUUUUAAAUAAAUUUUAAUUGAGAAUUUGUUGCAUUUUCAGCAAAUUUUAAAACAUUUUUAGGUUUUACAAAGAUUUUAACCUUUAAACAACAGAUCUUUAAAAAAACCAACAGGUGACUACAGUGAGUUUAACAAAGAAACCUUUAAAGGAGAUCUGAAUGUAAGAACUGCUUCAAAAAUAAAACAUACUACCUUGAUGUAACAUUUUUUUCUUAACCUUGUUGAGCUGGUUUUGUUCAGCUUAAUUUACUGUUUAAAGGCAUUAUCUAUUGGUUAUGCCAGUGGGUAUGUGAUUGAAUUUAGGGAACAGGGUUGACACAGCAGGUGCUAGUCCUGCAUAUUUUUUCUUAAAUAUUUCCCAAUUGUGUUUUUCAUUUAUUUCUUUUCAAUAUAUAACUUUUAUAACAAAUUAUUAGCUUUGAUCUUGUAGUUUAAAAUUGCAGGGAACUGGGGUAAUCUUUUACUGAGCUGGAUCUUAGAGAAAAUGAAUAUUUAAAUUUUAAAGUUUGCACAUUUCAUCUUUGUCCUAACAUGAGUGCUUGUAACAAAGUAAAUAAGUAAACAACAAGAUAAAAAGCCAAAAACUACCUUUACCCAUAUGAGAAAUUAUAGAUGAGGCAUUCAAAUUUCUUUAAUGCUUCCUUCCCUCCCUCCUCAAAUAUCAUCUGACUGCCUGUUAUCUGGUGUCACCUGGCGUGUUGUCAGUUCAUUCUGAAAGGAAAGAAAGCACUUAGGUUUCACAGGAGCCGUUAUGUUUGUAGUAAUGGGUCAUUCUAUUAAUGAACUCCAUCACUGUACACAGAAUGAAGAAUAAUGCAUGUUAAUUUUCUUGUAUUAAAGAUGCCGUGAUUUGUAAAAAGUC